UGUCGCGUACUUAUAAACUCUGAUGAUUUCGCACAUAUUGGCGUUGCGAAGAACGCGGCUAAACUACAAUACGCGUGUUUCAGGGCUCAGUCCCUCACCUGCACGCAACGCAGACAGUGGCAUGUGGCAGUGUAGCAUCAAUUUUACAGCGUUACUUUUAUGACACGUAUAAAACGUGUUGACAUUAUAUUUAGAUAGAUAGGUCACGUUGAUUUGUACAAUGCAAAUCGUUGCGAUGUACAUGGCAUUUUUGUGUUCAGCUAUGAGGUAAAAAGUGUGUGAAAGAAAAUCUGUAACAGUGUUUUUAUACAAGUUUUAUUUUUUAUAUAUUGUCUUUUAGAGUUAAAAAAAAGAGAACAUAUUAUGGGAUUACGUAACUAUAUAUAUUGUAGCAAGAACUUCCAAAAAGGAAAUAGCUCGCAGCACAAUUCAAUCAAGUGAAAGGAGUACCAAUUAUGUCGACUUGGUCUUAAAAAGAAAUAGCGUGUCGUAAAAAGACGAGAAAUUUUCGAGAGAACAAUACCAUAAUGAAUUCAACGGACUCGUAAACGUUUAAUUUUUUGCUCUUCCGGUCUAUUCUUGGAAACAGUGCAGAAUUGAAAACAUGAACAGCGCCGAGCGAACACCUCUCUUGGAUGCGGGAAGGUUGACAAUAUCUACAAAACUCGCUUACGCUCUCGGACAUGUUUUCAACGAUCUGGCGGCCGCAAUGUGGUUUUCUUACACUCUGAUUUACCUUCAACGAGUGGCAUUAUUGAAACCUAUCGCCGCGGGUGCACUUCUACUUCUAGGUCAGAUCAUCGACGCGAUUAUGACACCUGUGUUCGGCUUUCUCGUCGAUCGAUAUUGUAAGAAGAAGAUCUGGCACGUCGUCGGUUCCGUCAUGGUCACGCUGAGCUUUCCCGUGAUAUUCGGCGGUUUCGCCAGUUCGUCCCCCACAAUUGCCAUGCUUGUCUACGUAACGAGCAUCACGAUAUUUCAGACGGGUUGGGCGGCCGUCCAGAUCUCUCAUCUAUCAAUGAUUCCCUCGUUAACCAAUUCACUUCUGGCCCGAGCCGAUCUGACCGCGAUAAGAUACUCCGCACAAGUCAGCGCGGCUGUGGUAGUUUUUGUGGUCACGUGGAUAGUAUUACCGACCAGUGGAGAAUCAAUGGUCCAGUUAGAUCAGCAAGACGACUACAAAUUCAGAAACAUCGUCGUGAUCCUUACGAGUUUCGGUUUAACCGCGACCGUGUUCUUCCACAUGUUUUUGAAGGCGAAUCUUCUGGAACAAAAUUCAUUCCCGAAGAACGCAAACGUGGAAGAAGCGAGCAGCGGCAUAUCGGACAACUCGUCGAAUCGCCGAAUGUCAUGGGUCGCCAUUACAAUUCUAUUGAGAGUCGCGAUGCUGUACGUGGCAAGCAGAUUGUUUAUCAUUCUUGCUACGGUCUAUUUGCCUUUGUACAUAGAAGAGACUAAAGUUGGAGGCAAACAGGCGCUGGCUACCGUGCCCUUGGUCUUGUACGUGUCUUCGUUCGCGGCCGCAUUGCUGCUCAAAUACAUCAACAGAACGUGCGGCACGAAGGUUUGCUAUUUUCUCGGUGCCGUAAUUGGCAUAAUGGCCGCGGUGGUGACGGAAUUUGUUAAAAGCAGCACCGCAGUGAUUUACGUUGUCGCUGUGUUAGUUGGCACGGGAAGCUCCAUUACAAUGGUCACCGCGCUCAGUGUCACCGCCGAAUUAAUUGGCUCGAGGACGGAACGCAGUGCGCUCGUGUACUCCGCCGUAACUUUCCUCGACAAAAUCAUCACAGGUCUGGUGGUGAUACUCAUUGAAAAAUGGAGGUGCAACGACAGCGAGCUCUGUCCCACUUACAAUCGCGACACAUUGUCCGUCGUGUGCGUCUCGUCGAUGAUUCUGGGACUUCUGACGCUACUGUCUGUGUCGCGUUGCCUAACUUGAAUUAACGGUGAUGACAUAUUUGUCAUUUUUGUAAACACACGAACAUUAUUUUUACAAAGCAAUAACAAAUGACUUUAUAUAUUUAUACAAAUUA